CAUUCGUUUAGGCUGGGCUUAUCAGGCUAUCAGCUAUGGUGCAGAUUUGGUCAAGUAAAAAAAGAUUUCCGCUGGCCAAUCAGGAUUCCCCAAGAAACACAUGGAACAACAAUCGAUUUUACCGCCGCUGUUACGGAUCCGUCCAAGAGCGAUACAAGUGAAGUGAGAUUACUCACGAUGAUUAUCCCUAUCCGUCGCCGCUUAUCUUAGGAAUCUCCGAGAUCCAAAAACAAGAACAAGAGCGAGCAGAGCAGAGCAGGGGAGAACGUGGCGACAAAUCACCCGCGGCUUCAUAUCCCGCAACCACCAGAAAAGGGCAGGUAGCAGUGAACCCCACGCCACAGCAACCCACACAACACGGAUGGCCGGCGGCAACCGUGACGCAUCCGACGCGGCGGCGGCCGAGGCGGAGCUCCGGGCGGGGUUCGAGACACUGGCCGUGACGCGUCCGGACCCUUCCGCGGGGGUCUACGAGGUCCGCCUCAACCGCCCGGCGCAGCGCAACGCGCUGAGCCCGGCCGCCUUCGCGGAGAUCCCGCGCGCCAUGUCGCUCCUGGACCGGACCCCCACCGCGCGCGCCGUGGUGCUGUCCGCCGCGGGCCCGCACUUCUGCGCGGGCAUCGAGCUGGGCGGGCCCGGGAACCCGCUGGCCGCCGCCUCCGCCUCCGCCGACCCCGUGGCCGCCGCGGAGGCGCUCCGCCGCGCGGUCCUGGACAUGCAGGCGGCGCUCACGGCCAUCGAGCGGUGCCGGAAGCCCGUCGUCGCGGCGGUGCACGGCGCCUGCGUCGGCGGCGGCGUCGACGUCGUCGCGGCCUGCGACAUCAGGUGCUGCUCCAGGGACGCCACGUUCGUGCUCAAGGAGGUGGAUAUGGCCAUCGUCGCUGAUCUCGGCGCGCUGCAGCGCCUCCCGCGGAUCGUCGGAUACGGCAACGCUGCUGACCUCGCGCUCACCGGACGCAAGAUCACCGCCAUGGAGGCCAAGGAGAUGGGCCUCGUUACCAGGGUCUUCGAUUCCAAGAAAGAAUUGGAUGCCGGCGUUGCAAAUAUUGCCAAAGAAAUUGCUGAGAAGUCGGCAUGGGCGGUGAUGGGAACCAAGGCGGUUUUGCUGAGAAGCAGGGAUGUGACUGUAGAACAAGGCCUGGAGCAUGUAGCCACAUGGAAUGCGGGUAUGAUGAGAUCGAAUGAUCUGAAGGAGGCCAUCAAAGCCUUCCUGGAGAAGCGGAAGCCUGUUUUCUCCAAGCUGUAAUGAUCAGAUUCAGAUACCAUGCCUCUACUUAACAGUGCUACGUAUCUGGAAAUGAAAAGGAAUAAAGUGUGUUACGAGUAGACAAGAAUACCAUCUCUGUCCUCUGAUAGCAUUUGACGAAACAUCCAUUCCCGUCAGGGAAAAUACUUGUUCUCGUCGGAGCUGUGAAGACAUUUUUCCAUGUCAAUUGAGCUUACCAAAGUUGUUUCGGUAGAUAUGUCAGAUGAACCAGGUGUUACUGUUUUGUUACCUGGCUCAAGAUAAUUAGUCAAGAAUAUUAUAGAAUGUUCCAGUUCGCCCAAA